UCCCGCAGGCGCUGGGAGCGGGGCGCGGGGGCGGGAGGUGGUUUCCGAAGGGACCGCUUCUGCCUCGGUGCGGAGCCCCGGCGCCCCGCGUUGUGGGGCCGGGGCCGGUGGGCGGCCCCGCGGCGUGACGGGGUGCCGCUGACCGGCCGGGGCGGCGGCCCCUCCGCGGGCCGCUGGCCGGGGUGCUGAAUGCCGCCAGCCAUCUUGGUCCCGGCCGGCGGCCGCUGCCCGCCCGCCCGCCCGCCCUCCCGGGGCGGGUCAGGUGUCACGGGCACGGCUGCGGGUCGUGCUUCCCUCUUUUAUUCGCCUCGUGUAUUUUUUUUGCGUCGUUCUCCAGGGGUCACGGUAGGGAAAUGCUUUCAGCGAAAGCCUGUAUGUCGUAGGCUGUGUCGCUUCGGUGUUGAGCGCUGGAAGUAACAUCAGGGACAGGAACACUCCGGCGCUUCUUUCUUUAGAAAAGGAGCCUUCCCGGCGACAAAGAUUUUUUGUAGCCAACUUGCGAAGCACAAUGUUACCUGUAUGAAAUGGAAGUGCCGCUGAAACCAGCAACUAGGCAGGAACUUGCUCGCUGCUAUUUUUAACCACAGGUUCAGUUUAUGAAAGGACGGUCUGAAAGCUAAUAUCAAAACAGCAUGUCAUCAGCGAGAACGAAAUAACCACUGAUAGUAUGGGGAAGGUUCAAGAAGAAACAGGUAUCCAUUAGCAGCAGUACAAACACAGGCAUGAGCUUUUUUUCUUUCUUCCUUUCUUUAAGAAAAAACAGUUAAAUUUCUAAAGGUGUGCAAUCCAGAAGAUUUUUUUUCUAAACUCACUUUAAUGUGCUUCAGCAUCUCUAGUACAUUAACCGAAAAAAAAGAAAAAAAAAAAAAGAGGCUUUUUUUCACCACAGAGACAAGUGUUCAUUUUCUGUAAUUGCACACUGAGUGUUUCAAAUGCAGUUGCAUAAUAAAAAGCAAAUAUGCUACUCUGGUUUGAUGCGUAGAGGCUAAAAAAAGACAAAAACAACCUGAUGUGUUUCAUAUGGGAGGAUAACAAUUUUAAAAAUAUAUAGACUUUUUAACAUUCUGCUUCUAAAAAUAGCAUGAAUUGAUAUGCAGGGUCUUCAAAUUAAAGGUCAGAGGUGACAAACCGGGACAAAGGUCAUGCAGCUCAUUUUCAAGCAAUCAGUUUCUAGUUUUUUCAUGGUUGAACAAAAGCUUAAUUAUACAGAAAAGCGAGGACUGUAAUAUUUAACUAGUCAAUUUUAACAGAGAAACAGAGGUAGUUUCACACAAUUCCCUCUGUUCUUGAAUGUGGCUGUAAUAUGGAAUUAUUUGUGCUACUGUUACUGAUACAAAAAUGGGUCUGUCUAAAUUUAAACAUUUAAAUUCACUUCUUAAUUUAACAUUUAAUCUAAAAUCUGUAUUUAGUAUUUGUGCUUGAGAACUAAGAGAAGAGAGUGUAGCAAUUUUCUGCUUUUUCAGUGAUCUCAGCAAAAAAAAAGAGGUCUAUCCUGAUGAUACAUACUACGAUUUCAAUGAAGUUAAAUCACAGGUCCAUGCAUUUUGGCAUUCGUGCACAUACUUCUUAUUUCUAGCAAAGCACUUUCCUUCCCAAAUAUCCUACUUCCAGACUGCAGCAUUCUCUAUGUCACUGUGCAGUAAUUACACAGACCUAAAACCUGACCGUUUAACUGGUACGUGUAUGUGAUUAUCAUUUUAUUAUAUGCAGUGUAGUAUUCUUUCACUAAUUAAGAUUCAGGGUUCUUAACAAUUUGAAGAGAUUGUUUCAAUGUUUAUAUUAAUAAUACCACAUUUACACUAAACCAUCUUUUCAUAAAUAUUCUAUAGAUACUUAAAAAAUACUCUAUAGGAAACAUCUGAUACAUAUUUAGACCACAUGCGGUAUUGCAACACCUAAGGAUAAUGCCCACAAAUUAUACUGUUAAAAUUUGUACGCUCACUAGUAUUUCUGUAUCGCAUAGUAGGUUUUCGCUUUUCUUUCAGACACUGUGUCUCCUGUACCUACUUCAAAUACUGAUGUGUGUACUGGUUUUAAAGAUUUUCAUCUUUGACUUUAGAGAUUGUGAAUUUUUAGUUACAUAUCACUGAUGUUCCUGUGUACUUUUUUGUGGUUUGAAUUAAUGACCUAUCUGCACUAAAGUUUAUAAAAAAUGACCAUUGCAUUACUUUAUUUGUUCAGUUGUUUUAAACAGUGACUUGGUCAGAAAGUAUGAUGUACAAGACUGCUGUCCACUUCAGUUAAAAUGAGAAAAGUGUCAUACACCCUGUAUUAUCCAUACUUCUAGGGAAGUAAAUAUUGGUGUUUAAAAUACAGACACUAAUCUGUUGUUUUAGUUUUAUAACCUUUGGUUUGAUUGUUUUAAUCCACAAUAUCCAUAGCAGUAUUUGGUGAGUGUGUUAUGAAAUACAAAUGAUAAAAAAUUUUCCAUCUUUAUUAACACUCUUGAGUGAUAAUUCAGUGAUCUAGGGGGAAAAAAAAAAACCAAGAAAGAAGAUUCUGUGUUUUGUAGGUAAAUAGGACAUACAAAUAAAACAAAAAUUCUGUGCAAAGGAAAGGAUAUGUGAAAGAUGCAUACAUUCCAUGAAAACAAGUCUUAGAUUAAUGUAAAACAUCUCAGAAAGGAGGUCUGAAAAAAGCGUACUAAAGUUGGCUUAAAACCAAAUAAAAAUCUAUAGAAUGUAUUUUUAAAAAUAAAACUUGUUGUAGUGCCAUCACUUUUGAGGGGAUGAUGUUAAAGUCUUAAUUGGUUAGAGUAUUUUUAUAACCUAAAUGAAAGUUGUAAGUCAUACCAUUUGUUUAUAGAACAGAUUUAAUCUUGGUUUAAUAAUGGUUUUACAUUGAGGAAAAAGCAUGUACAAUUCUGGAUUAAAAAAAUGUAAUGUCUCUACACUGAAUGUGAACAAUACACAUUCAAUUUAGUGUAAUCAGGGAGAAUGGAAAAAAUUUUUCUUUAAACUAAAACCUUAAAUAUUGAAUUCACUUUCUUGCCAUAAUGCCUCUUUCUUAAUUUGGCCUUUAACAUGUAUCUUUUCAGCACUUCGUUUGGUGUUGUUUUGUUUGCAAAUAGUUUUCGAGUGGGAAAAUAAAAUCUUACUCUCUCUAUAUAUAUAUAGUUUCUCAUAGAAAUAAGUACAAAAUAAAUUGUUGAUCAAGCUCUGAAAAAUAUGUUGGUCUAUCUAUGAUUUGAGAAUUGUGGCUUUUAAAGGUUUUUUCUUUACCAAGUACUGAUACUAAUUAAUUUAAAAAAUACAAAGAAAAAUCCGUCUGAAAACAAAUGUAAUAAGAUCACAAGGUAGUUUUCUUAUUGUUUCAUUUGUUGUAUAGCAAAUCAAUGUGUGGCAAUUUCAAUAUGCGCAUGCUAACAUUAAACUGGGAACAAAAUAGUUUAAAUAUGAAGGAAGUAGAAAAACAGUAGUAGUAGAGGGUGAUGUGUUUUAUUUUUAGAUUGUGUAUUUUAAAAAGUUCAUCUCUGAAUCUUGCAAAAUACUGUUUGAAACAUACUUAUUUUACAUUGCUUUCUAUUAAAUAAUUAUCGUAGUUACUUAAUAUGUGUACAUUCAAAUGCAGACUAAAUGAAAUUGCAGAUUAUACUAAAUCAAAUACACUAAAUAUGAGACUUGUAUAUACCUAAUUUAAAUCCUUAAAACAAAAAUAAUCUUGGUCAGCAUGUUCCUUUAGUAUGAAUUAUUGAAGUUUUAAGCUAAAUAAAUCCUAAAUAGUUUUUGAUGCCAAAAUAAUUGUUGAUAUUAAUAUAAUAAUAGUAUUUCAUUUUGAAGAGAAACUUUGAUCCUAUCUAAAUAGUUGGCAGGCUUUCAUUGCUCCAGUUCUGAUACAGUGGGCUUUAUUACUCCUUUUGAUCGCCCAAAAGAAUCAGAUUUGUAACAACGGUGGAAGUACAUUUUAUUUUUCUCUGUUCCUGUUCUUACUGUAGUCAAAUGACUUUCUUACAAGUAGUUAAAAGGUGCAUAACUGGAUGUUUGAUCUUUAAAAAUAUGUACUUCAUUUCUUAAAAACUAAUGUAUGCUUAGCCUUUUUUUAAUAUCUGAGAAAAGCACAGCUGGACUAUUGCCAAGCUAUUUUAUUUACUUCAGACUGUAAUUACCCUCCUUCAGAUCAGUGACAAAAUUGGGUGAAAUUAGUAAAGAAAGACAAAAUUUAAAUUUGCUAGUUGUUCAAUUGAAUUUCUUGAAUCAGCCUUUUUAAAAUGUUUCAGCAUCUCACAUGCACUUCCUUUUAUCUUCACUUGCUAGAAAAAUAUUGUAAUGGUGUAAGAAGAAAAGUAUGGAACAAAAACAAAGAAAAUUAUGGCUAGACUAAGUAUAAAAUUGUGAGAGCUUUCAGCUUUUUUUUUCUCCUGUAAUGACAUAAGGAUGUUGACACCUGAGUGUACAUUUUCAGGAAAUUCUAAUUUUUCUUAUUUAUACAUUUCAAACUAACUAUAUUUUACUGAAUGAAACAAAAAGAGAGUUAAAACAAUGAAAACAUCUCAGGAGGAAAUCCAUUAUUUAGAAUUGUACAUUAAGGAAUCCAUGUACAUACUCUUAGAACGAGUUAAUUCAGAGUGUAAGACAACACUCAUUUGUGAUGUUUGAAAUCAAAAUACUCUGUGCAUAGUGCUUCUACCAGCAGUCAAGAACUGCAAAUGAGAAUAAAGUGUUAGUUAAUUUUUACUGACUAGUUCAAAAGAUAGACAGCAAAGUUUGUUAAUUAAAAAAUGCAUUUUCUAAGUUAAUGUAUCUGACCUCUGGGUGUGUGUAUAUGUAUUUAAAAAGCUGAUGGUUUAUGCUCCUUCUGUGCUUGGGUUCUGUACAUAAGAGUUUUAAAAUUUUGUAUAUACUUUGCAGCAUUCAUCCAUUUAAGUCUUCGCUUCUGAUGAGUUAACUAAAAGAGCUCCUUUAACAUCAGAAUGUUUUCUCCUGUUCCUUUGCAUCACUUUCAUACUUGUUUGUUACAAAAUAAAGUAUUGAUGGGUUUUGUUUUCAAGUUCUUCUGCACUCCGAUUUUACUUACAGUAUCCAGCAUUCUUUCAAAAAAAUACUGCUGGCUUUGCUCUGUGGAAGAAAUCAGUCCCCUGGCUGCCACUGAGUGUGAAAGAAACAGGUUUAACAUCUGAAUUUUUCUUUUCAACUUAUUUUUGGAAAGCAUGUAACUUAUGUAAAUGUAGUAACUAUGUCUGCUUUACUUUAAUCGGAGCAACUUAUGUUUCUGAAUCUUUUGGCAGGAAACUUGCUUAAGCUAAUGAAUUCAAAACAAUACUUAUCAAAGCCAAUUAUUUUCUUUUUAAAUAGGUAAAAACUUACUAGUAUUUUCCACUGACCAAUAAGUUGUCAAAAAAUAAACUAUAUAAGCUCUUAAGUAAGUUGAAUUACAGAAUGGGCUACCUGUAAGGAAAGGUGGACCACCUUUGUUGGAUGUCUGUCAGUGUGUCUUUAACUGGUACUACUCUUUUAAUGGUAUUUCCUAUCCUGCAAUAAUUCCAUAUGGUGUUCUGUUGCAUUAUUUUUUGUGCCUACUGUUACAGUAUCCUUCCACACGCUGUGAAUGCAUAGUUAAAAGGACUGCUUUCAAAGCAAGUAACUUUCUCUCUAAAACCAUCUUGCAGCCUAGUACAUAAUUCCUAAACAGCAUUUGUUUGGUUAUUUGCAGUUACGGAGUUCAUGUAAAUGCCAAGAUAGUUUCAGAACUAAAAUGCCAAAGUAUUUUUCUGUUUUGUACAGCAUAAGGAGGCAUAGGAGAGUUCACCAUGAGCCAUUUCAGAGCCCAAACCUGCUUCCAUUUAAGUCAGGGACUGAUUUCUUAUGGCUUUCAGUAGGAUGCAGUAAAAUACAUGCCAAACAGUUUCUCAUUUAAACUAUCUGGUUUAAAUGAGUUCAUAGAAUUGGAAUGCCCAGGUUUUUGUACACUAACGUCCCUUGUGCCAAGUUUUGUGUGUCAUAUUGGGAAGCUUUUUAUAAUAACUAUUAAAAAAUUACAUCUCCUUUUUUCUACUUAAUAAUCUGACAUUAUGUGACACUCCAUGUGAUGCUUACAAAUGUGUUAUGAAAUGGUGAUACUGGAAACAAGAAUAACUUGAGCUUGUGCUGUUUUCUGGUACAAUUUUUAAGAACUGUACUUUUCUCCUUUGAGUCCCAACACCACUCCCCCAAAUAUUUGUUUUUAAUCCCUUCCUAAACUGAAGCAGAGUACAUGCCAAAGCCAAGAACGGAUCCUUUACUCUAUGCUUGCAUAUUUCAUUAUGUUGCAUAAAUAAUGCAAGUAAAUCCGAAAGACACAAAAGCCACAUAGCCACAGGUUGGCAGAACAAAGAACCAGACACAAGAGAUUGGGCUUCAGUGCUUGAAGGUGUAAAAGCAGAGCUAGGCAAAAGUCCACACAAUUCCAGCAGAAAAAUUAGUUACUACAAAAGAAAAGGAACUGAAUCAGCUUGCCAGUGUUGUUGCACUGGAAAGAAAGAUUGUACCAUGCCCUUUCUGAUUCCUGGUGUUGGAGAGAACUCAGGAUAACUGACUGUAGGGGAAAAGAAAUUAGAGAAAUUUGAUUCUCGUUUUGUCUUUGGUCAUUCUUCUUCUGGCUUUGCUCACUCCUAGUAGAAUAUCCCAUUUUUUUAGUAAGAGAGCAGGAUAACUAUCAGGAUGUGCUCUUAAACUGGAAAAAGACAAACCUCAGAUUUCUCUAAGAGAGAAGAGAAUUGGUCUUAUAUCUGAACAGGAGGGUAAUGCAAUUCCUUGUUUGUUUUGGGUGGGUUUUAGUUAAAGUAGAUUAUUCAAAAGACAGUAGAGGGUGACAAGAGGACAUGCUUGUAGCAGGUGAAUUUGUGCAUGCUCCUAUCUAGUCAUCUUUCAUUUAUUAAACAAACUGGACAGCCUAAAUAACAAGCUUGCUCCAAAACUGAGGUCUUUUCCUUCAUGCUUCCUACCAUCUGCGGUACUCAUUUUCUGCGUGUUAUUUUUGUUGGCAUUAUACAGAAGUAGCCAGGCCUUGCUCAACUAGAUCAAAAAUACACCUUUCAUGUAGUUUCAAUCAAGUCACAUCUGUAUUUUUAUGACUAAUCGUGUUGUUCAGAUAGAGGCCUAGAAUUGAAUGUUAUUACGUAUUAUGCUCUGCAGUUUUAUAACUGACAUAAUUGAAAGCAUUUUUCUGUUGAUACUCAUAAAUUGGCAUCAAGUUAGAAUUUUGACCAUGCAAAAAUCCCAAAGAAUCAUUUUUAUUGUGUUUUUUAAAUCAUAUACAAAGUAUGACGGUUUAAUUUGUACAAUUUAAGCAUAGUAAAGACAACUCACUAGUUCUUAGGUUACCUAUUGCAAUUAAAUAUUGAUAAAGGAAACAAACACCUUCCACUAUCCUCCAAAUCUGUGUCUUUUCCCUCUGUUGUCAUCACCUGCAUAGCUUUCAUAGGAGACCAGUGAAAGGGGCAAUGCCUUUAUAGUUGCUUGAAAAAAAGAAAAAAAAAGCAACAGGUGAUUUUUAUCUUCUGCCCUGGUUAUCUCAUUGUGGUUCUGAUGAGCUAGGUAAGUCUCAAACAGUUAAUAAGUUUACAGGUCACUUCACAGAGUCAAUGCCCUGGCAUUUUAUGGCCUUCUAAUGAGCCGUUAAACUGGAGAAGAGGUAAUUAAAUGUGGUACUCUGGUACAAUGUACACAGUACUGACUCCAGCUCUCUGAUUUUAGGUUCCUCAGAAGACGAUGAGGUCAUUCAAGAAGGUCUCCUCAGGCUCAGCAGGGGCGAGUAAAGGUGGAGACGAGCCUGGGAAGUUGCCGGAGCAGGAAGAAGAGGAGGAAUCCCAGGUUUUGCACGGAACCGGCCAUUGCAAAUGGUUCAAUGUGAGAAUGGGAUUCGGGUUCAUCUCCAUGAGCAACCGAGAGGGAAGCCCCUUGGAGUCUCCAGUUGAUGUCUUUGUACACCAAAGCAAGCUUUACAUGGAAGGAUUUAGAAGCCUAAAAGAAGGAGAACCAGUGGAAUUUACUUUUAAGAAAUCUUCCAAAGGCCUUGAAUCAAUACGGGUAACAGGCCCUGGUGGGAGCCCCUGUUUAGGAAGUGAAAGACGACCCAAAGGGAAGACAGUACAAAAAAGAAAACCAAAGGGAGAUAGAUGCUACAACUGCGGUGGUCUCGACCACCACGCUAAAGAAUGUAGUCUACCUCCGCAGCCAAAGAAGUGCCAUUACUGUCAGAGCAUCAUGCACAUGGUGGCUAACUGCCCCCACAAAACUGUCUCGCAGCAGCCCGCUAGUUCUCAGGGAAGACACGAAGCUGAACCGCAGCCUUCCACUUCUGCUUUCCUGAGGGAAGGGGGAGGAACACACGGCUACUCGUCUCCAUCGUACUCUCAGGAGGGCAGGUCGGAGAUCUCGGAGCGCUCGGGCAGGUCACCGCAGGAAGCUUCGUCAAGUAAGUUGUCUGCAUCGCCCGAAGAACCGAGCAGAAAGGGGCCUUCUGUUCAGAAGAGGAAAAAGACUUAAAUCAUUUGUCAUAACUUUCCAUUUUCUUUAUCCUCUUGGGAUGUCUACCUCAUGCAAGUACAGGGGAAAUAAUUUCAUUAUCAGUAGCUGACCUGGAAUUUUAACUACUGUUGAGGAACUGUGAAUUUUUUUUUCUUUAACAGACAAAUCACUCCAAGCAAGAUACAUUUGAGCAGGGUGCAUUACGUUUUACCUUGUGUAUGUGUGUGUAUGAGUGUGCACGCGCGUGUGUGUAUGUGUACAUAUCUAUAAAUAUAUAUUUUUUCUAUCAGACCACUCUCCAGCUCCCACAAGACAUGACUGUGAAGCGGUAGGCGCAGUAUCCACAAAUGUUCCUGAACUCAUUCCUAGAACCUGUUUCCAAACGUGUUUGAAAAACAAACAAGAAAACCCAAAAAAAUCUUACUCAGAAACAAACCAAACCUGAUAAACCACACACAGAACUGAGAUCAAGACUGUUUCUUCUCUUGUGAACCAAAGGAUACUUUCAUAUUUUAAAGCUGCCAUAUGGUACUAAAGAUACUAAGACAUCCCCCAUAACAUCAAUUUGAGUUAUUUUCUUUCUCAUCUCCAAACUAGCAAAAGCCCUCCCCUCCCCGUGCCGGUGCAGGGCAGUGUCAUGACUUAACACAGCUCUCAUUGCCACCAUCCUUUGUUGUUGAGGAGUUUAAAGCUCCAAAAAAGACAAUGAAUGUGUAGUUUCUGUGCUGGUUUCUCAAAAUGUUUUGUUAAAUUAAUAUGGUUGAAACUGUAAUUUACAUGACUCUUGUGUAGGGGAGAAUGUAUAAGUUGUUACAGAACAGACCCUUUUGAGUGGUAUCAGGAUACCAUCCUGUUUAACCCUUUGUAUUCUGUGAACGUUCAGGGGACCUUGGUGGUAGUAUUAGCAGCAGCAGCAGCAACUUCUCUUGGUCCCAAGUAAUGUCCCUCAAUUUGAAGGGACCUCCUCCUUGUUUUCUUUUGAAAUGCCGUGGAAAGAACUCCCUAGGGAUUUUUGUUGUUCGUGUCUGUUUUGGUUUUAAAGAAAACAAAAUGCAAAGCUAAUGAGAUCCUGGGAUAAAUAAAUAGUUUAAGAAUAAAGGUAGAUAGGUACUUACGGUUGCUCAGCCAGCCUCCCUUGCUGAUGAUACAGCAUGUGUACAGUCAAGAAGGACAGGUGUCUGCUGCAGACAAGCCUGAGUGAAGGGACCUGCAAAUUUGUCAGAAGCCCUGGCCAUCAUCUGCUUCUUGUGAACUGGAGACUGUUGCUGACCAGCCUUGGUCCAGAGCGCGCUGGGACCACACACUUCUGCAUUAAAGAGGAGAAAGAUUGGUGGCCUCAGAGUGAGACUCCCUGGGCUGCAGCCCUUGCUCGGGGUUAAUAGAGUUGGAGCCUAUCAAAACUUCAAGUCGCUUUCCAUUUGUAACUUCUGAAUUACCAAGUCAUACGUAAGAUAACAUACUUUGACAAAUCCCAUUGCGGAUGUAAGUUAAUUAGAGAAACCUGUAUAAUCCUUAACAUUGGCAAUAAACACAGGCUGUUAACGCUUGAAAGAGUCGGGUAGGUUUAAGCUCGGAUAAUCAAACUAAAGAAACAGCCUGCAUGAAAGGCUACAGCGAGCCAAAGUCCUACCCGUGGUAACUCUUUUGCAGCCGAUGAUAGUUACAACAGGUAUGCAGCUGGCUCAUUACGUGGCCUUCCCUUCCCACUUGUCCUGCCAGAUGAGACUUUUACUGUUGCUGCUGCUGCUGCUUCAGUAAACAGCUAGUAAUCAAACACCUCAGUGAAGGGCACAAUUUCAAGAAAAUUAUUUUACGUGAAUUCCUUGCCAGCGUUUGCAACGACUCUCGAUGGUUUAUACUGAAGUUCUCAGUGUGCUAAUGCAAAGCUUACCUUUGACGAUAUUGAAUGUGAUAUAUCUAUAGAGAAGAACUUCCUUGCCUUACGUAAGGAUAGUAAACUUAUUUAAAUUAUGUAGACAAAUCAAAGUGGCAUUGCUUAACCUUCUAGCCGGUGUAAAAACCAGGUUAAACAGCAAAGAUGCAAAACUUAGGUCACUUUGAAAAUUUAAACCAAAGUUCCUUAUAGAAAUAGGCAAUUGUGGAUUUGAAAACUGGUCAUUCCCUGUUUAUAUGUAAGAAGUUCAGAGCUGAGAUAAGGAAAUAUUUUCAACAUGCAGAUUUUUAUUGGUGCUGUUUGAAAUCACUGUGCGCACCAAAGUCAGACUGAACUGCUAAGAGCACAUACCAAACCCUAUCUUAUUGUUGAAAGCUUAAGGUUUUAUUUUUAUAUAUUAGAAUGUUAUCACUAUUACAUAACAUACUCAGGACAAAGAACUUUGCUCAGGGAAUAUACCAUGUAAUGUUGUUUUUUCUUUACAGAGUAGUCUACAGACCUGCUUACUCAGAACAAACCAAAUAGUCUUAGACCUUUUUAUCUCUAUAUAAGUAUUAUGUACUGAUAAUAGUAACUACCUCUGAGUUGACAUAGACCUACAUUUCUGAUAAUCAGAUCUCAGCAUUUUGUAUUAUAAGUUCCUGUGAAAUGAUAAAGUGGUAUUCUGUACUGGUUGCUUAUGUGAGCAUUUGUGUCUUUACGUUCACAGGGUCUGAGUUUUUAGAGAUGCUGGGCAACCACAGCUCCCACUGACUUCCAGUUGGAGUUACUGGUGCUUAGCUUUUCUAGGAGGGGAGGGAUGGGGACGGGGGGUGGCGGGGGAAGAAUAAAAACACAAAAGCAUCAAGCCCACUUUGUUUACAUAGGUGACAAUAAAAUUAUUAUUCUGUUUACAGCAAAAGGCUACCUCAUAUUUACUGCAUAAACACACCUUUGUGCUGCUCUAGCCUUAAAGGUGGCUGUUGAUCUAUGGUACAUACUUUUUAUCUGUACUAAAUAUGUAACUGAUAGUUCACCACUGCAUACAUGAUGGCAAAUACUUGUUUAAGAUGAAGCAUCCACUUGAAAUUAUGAGACGUUUCCAAACAUUUCUCUGAAAGUUUUUAUUUUUCUGUCUAAAGGAUUAUGGGCACUGUUGACGAAAAUUAAUACAUCUCCAGAAGAGACAAAAAUGUACAUGCCUAAGUUAAAAAUUCAGCAGCACAAGCUGCGGCAGGUAACUACUUAGCACUGGGCUGCAGUAGAAAAAAAAAAAAUCUAGUUAUACUCCUUCAAUAGGCUGCUCCAAAUAAGCAAAGAACCUUUUAAAGGAGGAGGCACAGACUGAGUUUGGGAUUAUUCCUCCAUGUCUAAGGACAAAAUUAAUAUUCUGCAGCAUUGGCUCAGGCUAGAUUUCCCCUAUUCACCAGCCUGUCCUUGCCAGAAUGCUUCACAAUAGAAUUCGUUUGAGUAGAAAUAGUUCAAAUAUCUGCUCAGAGAAACGUAUUUUUCUCCUAAUAAUAGUGGAAAUAAGGUUAAACCUGGAACAAGGAUAUCUGUCUCUUCCAUUCCCCCACCCCAAAAUACUCAAUUUGAUUUAAUCAUAAGGGACCUUGUGAAGUAUUUUUUUACUCUCCCCCGAGGAGACGUCAUGGUAUUUAUUUACAAGCUACAAAAGUUAGGCCAUGAGGAAGACUUGUAUUUGGAGGAAGAGCCAAAUAACUUUUUGCUGCAGUUGAUGGUAAAUCUGGCAUUGGAAUACCAUCUGCAAUAUUUUGCUUUUAGCCAGCUUUCAGGGAGUGCCAAACACCACAUUUGGAUCCUACCUCUUCCCUUUGCAGGCUACCUUUUUCAGCCCAGUUUUACUCUGCACCAGUGUUACCCUGGAGUUCCUGCUUAGUCAUACUUAGUUUUGUGAAUAGAGCCCCAUAAAAAGUGUUUAUAGAUCUUGUAACAUUCUUUGUAAGAGGAAUUAUAAAAGAACAUGGGAAAUCUCAUCGAGUCUUAAAUUUAAUUUAAUUAAUUUAUCUGUAAGAAAUUUUUAUCAUAAAAAAAAAUAUAUAUGUAUUCCCCUGUGCUAGAUAUAAAAGUAAUUGGGAAGAUAUGUACAUGUGCAGAUGCACUGAUUUUAAUUUUCUAGAAGUCUUAAUGAGAUUUGAGUAUUGUUUUAGAAACAAGCAGAGCCUUGUUAAAUGCAUCGAUCUUAUUUUGCUUAGUAUAUCAACAGCCUCUUCUUUAAGAUCCGUUGAUUGUGUUACCCCUGUUACAACUGUUGACUGAUAACAAGAGGUUGAUCUAUGAACACAUGCUUUUUUUUUUUUUUUUUUUUUUAAUACUAAACCGGUGCUGUACAUUAGCAGCUUCGGCAGUGUUUUUAUGAGAAUGUUGAAAAGUACCAAGGUAUUUGCUACCAUUGUCACUGAACCAAACGUAAGAGCAACCAUCUUUACAAAGGAUAAUGGUUUUGACUACCUCUUGGAUUACUAAGUUAAGCAACAACUGGCUGACAAACAUCACCAGACUGGCUUAAACUAGUAUGUGUUGCUUGUGGUAAUAAUAACAAUAACCAUACUAGAGACCAAAGUGAACACUGAUUUCUAUAUGUCUUUAAUACUGUGUCUUAUCUAGUGUUUUUAAAUUAUCUUCUGUAGUAUAGAUUACCUCAUUGUCCAUUUUGACUUGUAUGUUGUUUACAAGGUGAAAUAAAAGAAAAAUCACUUGAAUUUUAUGUUUUAAGAAAAAGACAGUGAGUUGAAGUUUUGAAGGUCAUUUCACCUGUUUACUGUCUUGAGGGACUAAAGCACUGAUUGCCUUUCUACAUAUCAUGUAUUUUAUAUUCUCAUUUCAUGCCUAAUGUCUUUUUUCCUGUCAGUCAUGGAUAUUGUGAGGUUUAAAAGAAUUACUUGAUUAAAAAUAAAACAUAUAACGUUGGCAUUUA